AUGUCGAAUCUCGCACCACACAUGGACGACAGCCCUGCACACCGUCAACGCCGACACAACGCUGCAUCACCAAAUGGCAGUAGCAGCCACCAGAGGCACCAACACCGCCGUCAGGACGGUAACGACCUCGGCAUGACUACUUCACGAAGGCCCACCUCGCCCACCGCUGUUGCCGCGCCCCGGUCGCUAGACGCCCCCAGAGAAAAAGAGCGAGAGCGAGAGCGGGAAAGGGAUCGGGAUCGGGAGGACCAUCAACAUCGUUCCUCGCGACCUGCAGCCCUACCGCACCAUUCUCGUGGUCGCUCGCCCGAGCCGUCGCGACGCGAUCCGCAGCAGCUGGAAGAGAGCCAGCAGCAUCGUCGCCGUGAGCGUGAGCGUGAUCGUGAGCGUGAUCACGCCCGCAGCCCCGUCCAUUACCACAAUCGCCCCGAGCGUCCAUCGCAGCCAUCCCAUCGCUCGCCACGCAGCAACAGCCAUCGAGGCCGCUCUCCCGAACUUCCCCGGCAUCGUGAGACCCGAGCUUCCCCAGAUCGCCGUGGCCCUGACCACGCAUCAUCCCGACCGCGAAAGGAGCCUCGCGAACGGCCGGAUCAUCAGGACCGAGAGAGGCAGCGCCGGCCAUCCCGUUCGCCCGCUCCGAGCAAACGUCGCCGGAGCCGUAGUCCGUCUCCUGGCCGUGAGGCGCAGUCGAAGAAGGCUCGACAGCAAACAAAUCUAGCGGACCCCGAGAGGGGUGUGCCACCGAAACUUUUGCCGACCAAGACCGACCGAGGCUUGUCCCCCCGUCCACAUCGCCCACGCUCCCCCGUCUCGCGUGACGAACGUUCUCGGCCUAGCCGACGGUCUGGCCGUACUAGAUCUCCGAGCCCACCCCGCCGACAUCGCUCUCGAUCCCCACGUGACAGCCGUCUAUCGCGCCCUCGCUUACCCGAACGUGGAGAGUCUCGCCGGAGGAGUCGAUCUCCUGCUCGGCCUCGGCAUCGAUCAAGAUCACGCCGUCGCAGCCCACGGAGAGCCCCUGCUCCCUUGGACAACCGGCCCCCUGGCCCAUCCGAUACCGGCUCACAGCGACGUCGAGAAAGUGCGAGUCGACCAUCCUCUCGUGCACCUCACGGGCGAGCGCCGCCUGACUCACCGCGUGGUGGUCGGCACGCCAACCCGUCCGAGAGAGGGAGGAGCCGGGAAGGACCGCGCGCGGACAAGAAAUUUGAUCCGACGUCGGGUGCCAACUCCGUCGAGGUAAAUAUGUCCGCACGGGGCGGGUUCCGUGGCGGUUAUGCUCCGCAGCCUAACUAUCCAAAAGGCCAAUAUGACGGCCGUGGUUAUGCCCAAUCGCCGGGCCAUGGGACUCCUAACUCGUCUUUUCAUGGUUCACCGACUGCCCAGUCUCCAUACGGUGGUAAUGGGCGUGGUUGGAACAACCAGCCACAAUUUUCACCUCAAGGUGGGCAAUUUUCACCACCGUACCCUCACAACAACUAUGGCCCCCCUACAGGCCCCCAGGGGCACUAUCACUCCGGUCCAGGCCAGUCUCCUCCUUACGCUCCAACCGGGCCUGCUGCCCAGUAUCCCUCAGGGCAAUACCGUGGCGGGGGACAUAGAGGGGGUUCCUUUCGGGGCAACUCGUUCCCUGCCCGCGGCGGCCUCAGAAGUGGGUUCAAGAGCACACAAUGGCACCCUCAGGGAAAUAACGGGCGGAAUCCAUCCGGAUCGGCUGAGGGCUCAGAAGCGUCUCACACUCCCGGCCACCAAUCCCCAAAUAAGCAUGCUGGCGACCAGUCUGAGAAGGACGAUGUCGCGAUGGGAGACAGCGGUGAAAACCCCUUCCGACCAUCCAAGGACCUGCAGGUCGAGGAUACCAGCAAGGAUGAGCAACAACAGCAGCAGCAACAACAGCAGCAGCAACAACAGCAGCAGCAACAACAGCAGCAAGCGAAGAACGACAAGAUGCCUCCGCCGAGCCGGCCGCCACCGACUGGACCGCAGUCCAGCACACCUAAUAAGUUUAGUUUCAGUAUGAAGAACGCGGCGAAACCGGCUGUGACGGCACCGCGGCCGGAGAUAUCAUCUAAGUUCAACGCUGCUCCUGGGUCACGAGAACCCCCGACCAAACCGGCAGCACAGAAAACACCCCCAACAAGACCAGAACGAGACCGAGGCGGAUUCCCGAGGAAUGCCCCCACUGAACCGGCAUCCGCACGGCCCCGCCCUGGGGUACCAACUGGCCCUAGCGACCGUAGGGCACCUGAGCCAGCGAGGCACCCCGAGCCGACACCAAGGACGCGCAAGGUGAAGAAGAUUGUGAGGUGUCUUAAGGAGAAGCCCGUGCUCCCCGCCGACUUGGCCGCUUCCAAAUCGGUGUACUUCCGCAAGCCAGGAGACGGGUCAGUUGUAGGCUCGGGUACCUAUGGCAAGGUGUUCAAGGGGCUGAACGUCUACACUAAGAAGCUGGUCGCCCUCAAAAAGAUUCGAAUGGAAGGCGAACGGGAUGGGUUCCCGGUAACGGCUGUGCGGGAGAUCAAGCUGCUCCGCUCCCUCAGUCACAAGAAUAUCGUAAAACUCCAGGAGGUCAUGGUCGAGGCGAAUGACUGUUUCAUGGUCUUUGAGUACCUAUCUCACGACUUGACAGGGCUGCUCAACCACCCUACCUACAGCUUGGAGAUGGGGCAUAAGAAGCACUUAGCACAGCAGCUCUUUGAUGGGCUGGACUAUCUCCACACGAGGGGCGUCCUUCACCGCGAUAUUAAGGCCGCCAACAUCCUCGUCAGCAACGAGGGUGUUCUCAAGCUCGCUGACUUCGGAUUGGCCCGCUUUUAUGCCAAACACCACCAGUUGGACUACACAAACCGCGUCAUCACGAUCUGGUACCGCCCGCCCGAGCUGUUGCUCGGCGAGACCCAGUACACACCGGCCGUUGACAUCUGGAGCGCUGCCUGCGUGCUCGUGGAGAUCUUCACAAAACGGGCCAUCUUCCCCGGCGACGGCAGCGAGAUCAAUCAACUUGAGAAGAUCUACGCCGUGCUCGGCACACCCAAUCGACGUGAUUGGCCGCAACUCGGCGAGAUGCCCUGGUUUGCUUUGCUGCGACCGGCGUACCGGAAGCCGAACCUGUUGGAGGAAAAGUACAAACAUCAACUCACCCCUGCCGCCUUUGACUUGCUUGCUUCGAUGUUUCACUAUGAUCCCAAAAAACGCCCCACCGCCGCUGAGGUGUUGAAUCACGCCUACUUUACCGCCGAGGAGCCCCGUCCACGACAGGCGAUUGAACUCAAAGACAUCGACGGCGAAUGGCACGAGCUUGAGUCUAAGGCUCUCCGACGGGAGAAGGAAAAGAAGGAAAAGGAACGUGUGCGUGCCGCCCAACAGCAGCAGCAGCAACAGCAGCAACAGCAGCAACAGCAGAAAGAGGAGCGGAAAGAAGAGCGGAAGCGACCAAUCGAAGGCGGUGGUCCUGCGGAUGUGGCACAACGCGACGCCAAGAGGCCGCAUCUGGAUGCCAAUGGGAAGUGA